CGCGGCGCUGUGGGGGACACCAGCACCAGGAAGUGCUCUCAGGAAGUAGUUUGCAGCCGCGUUUGAGUGACAGCUGUGCGGCGGUGACAGCCCACACCGGGACGGCGGCCCUACAGAGCCGAGCCAAGACUCAAGAUGGCAGGUCUAUCUUUAUACUUUGAAGAUGGCCAUGAUGAUUUGGACGACUUCGGAUUCGAUGACUAUGGUUCAGAGUGCGACGGAAUCCGCAUCACAGCCUUCCUCGAUGCUGGACAAGACAACCUUACCCCUCUCGGGAGGCUAGAGAAGUAUGCCUUCAGCGAGAAUGUUUUCAAUAGGCAGAUCGUGGCUCGCGGCCUGCUUGAUGUGCUUCGGGAGUUCAGUGACAAUGAAAAUGACUUUAUCAGUGUCAUGGAGACAGUUGCCAGAAUGUCAGAAGACGGAGAGCCCACAGUGCGGGCUGAGCUGAUGGAGCAGGUCCCAAACAUCGCCAUGUUUUUACACGAGAGUCGGCCCAACUUCCCAGCCGCUUUCUCAAGAUACUUGGUACCAAUUGUAGUCCGGUAUCUCACUGAUCCAAAUAACCAGGUGCGGAAGACGAGCCAGGCAGCCCUGCUCGUCUUGCUGGAGCAGGGCCUCAUCUCUAAAGCUGAUAUGGAGACCAAAGUAUGUCCAGUUCUGAUCGACCUCACAGAACCCAGCAGUGACGAUGACUACAAAAUAGAGGCUGUUGCUAUCAUGUGUAAAGUUGUCACCAUGUUGAGCAAAGACACGGUGGAGCAUCUGCUACUGCCACGUUUCUGUGACCUGUGCAGUGAUGCAAGACUCUUCCAAGUCCGCAAGGUCUGUGCGGCAAAUUUUGGCGAGUUCUGUUCUAUUGUGGGCCAGGAAGCCACAGAAAAACUACUGAUGCCCAAGUUCUUCGAUCUGUGCUCAGACAGUCUGUGGGGGAUUAGGAAAGCCUGUGCCGAGUGCUUCAUGAUGGUCUCAAAUUCCACCUCUCCAGAGGUGCGACGUGCAAAACUGUCCCCCCUGUUCAUCAGUCUCAUCAGUGACCAGUCCCGCUGGGUGCGCCAAGCAGCCUUUCAGUCAUUGGGACGUUUCAUCUCCACCUUUGCCAACCCCUCCAGCACAGGCCUUUACUUCAGAGAGGACGGUGCCCUACUAGAGCUCCCCAGGUGUACAUUGGAAGGCGACUGCUCCCUAAACUCUCUGAACUGCUCCGACAUCAGCGGCUGCCGCACAGAAAGAACCAUCGCUCACACACUUCCCAACCAGGACGGCCGUGCAACACCAUCCCCAGAACAUGUGUCGACAGCCGACAAUGAGGAUAUGCACAGCUUUGAUGACAACCACAGUUCAGUUCCCGGAGCGAGGCCAGACCGUUACACCCACACUGUCUCAAACCGCAACGGCAGCCCUAUGACAACAAACAAUGCUAGGAACACAAAAGAGCUGGACAAGACAGAUGAGAACUUUAAUUCUUUCAACUACUGGAGGUCUCCUUUACCAGACAUCAGCGGUGAACUGGAGAUGCUGAGUUGUCGUAAGUCAGGGGCCGUGACACAGAACGAGGAAAAGAAAGAGGAAGAUGAGGAUGAACCUGAGUCCAAGUCCAAUCAUGGCAACGCCACUAGCGACCAGAUCCAGAAGGUUUUAGACUGUUUGCAACCACACAUGGAUGACCCUGAUGUACAAGCUCAAGUCCAGGUUUUGUCGGCAGCUUUGAAGGCAGCCCAGCUCGACAGCCCAGAAGACAACUGUCCGGCUGACGACUGUCCAGCUGACGACUGUCCAGCUGACGACAGCCCGUCUGAACCGCAGUCAGAAGUGCAGCCUGAGAGCAGCACGGAGAGCCCGUCUGAGGAGAGCAUAUCUGUGGAGGUUCAGUCAGACAGUGUUGAGAGCCCCAAAGAAGAGGAGCAAACAAUGGAAACUCUUCCAGCUUCAGAGUCGAGCCCCGUCCAGGCACAAGGAGACGAAGAGACGCAGACAGAGCCUCAGGAGGAGGAGGAGGAGGACCAGGAGGAGGACCAGGAAGAGGACCAGGAGGAGGACCAGGAAGAAGACCAGGAGGAGGACCAGGAAGAAGACCAGGAAGAGGACCAGGAGGAGGACCAGGAGGAGGACCAGGACGACUCUUCACCUAACUCACCUAUUCCAGAGUCUGAACUGAUAGAGAGUGUGGAAGAGGAGGGAAAGCAGGACAUGGCUCACAGCCCGGGGAUGGAGGACAAGCCUAAGCUCCAGAAUGUUAUCCCGCAGCAGCUGCUGGAUCAGUACCUCUCUAUGACGGACCCGGCCCGGGCCCAAACGGUGGAUACGGAAAUAGCCAAACACUGUGCCUUCAGCCUGCCGGGGGUCGCUCUCACUCUGGGACGACAGAACUGGCAUUGCCUCAAGGACACGUAUGAAACCCUCGCUACUGAUGUGCAGUGGAAGGUGCGGCGUACGCUGGCGUUCUCCAUCCAUGAGCUGGCCGUUAUCCUGGGAGACCAGCUGACUGCGGCUGAUCUGGUUCCCAUCUUCAACGGUUUCCUCAAAGACCUGGACGAGGUCCGCAUUGGUGUGCUCAAACAUCUGUAUGACUUCCUCAAGCUGCUGCACGCAGAUAAGAGGAGAGAAUAUCUGUACCAGCUGCAGGAGUUCAUGGUGACGGACAACAGUCGCAACUGGAGAUUCAGAUACGAGCUGGCAGAGCAACUGAUCAUGAUCAUAGAGUUGUACAGCCACUACGAUGUGUAUGACUACCUCAGACAGAUAGCACUCACACUCUGCUCUGACAAAGUCUCGGAGGUCAGGUGGAUCUCAUACAAACUGGUUGUAGAGAUCCUCCAGAAGCUGUAUGCAAGUGGUGCCGAUGAUCUGGGCAUGAACUUCAUCAACGAGCUCACUGUCAGGUUCUGUCACUGUCCCAAGUGGGUCGGGAGGCAGGCCUUUGCCUUCAUCUGCCAGGCCGUAGUGGAGGAGGACUGUAUGCCCAUGGAGCAGUUCAGCCAGCACCUCCUGCCCAGCCUCCUCAGCCUCUCAUCAGACCCAGUAGCUAACGUCCGUGUACUUGUGGCCAAGGCUCUGCGACAGAGCGUCAUGGAGAAAGCUUAUUUCAAGGAGCCGGGCUGUGCCUACUCUGAUGAGCUGGAAGAGACUGUGAUGGCGCUGCAGUCUGACAAGGACCGGGACGUCCGCUUCUUCUCCAGCCUGGACCCCAACAAAGGCUUGAUGGACACAGCCCCUUUGAUUUAGCCUCAGCCCCCACGACUCCUGUUACAGCCCACCUGCCUGUCUACCUACCUGUCUGUCUGUCUGACUGAUGCACAGUCAGCGCGACCUGCAACACCAGCACCCGACCAGACCCAACCCGACCCCCCGACCACUCGCCUGCUGGGCAGACCUGCACCAACGACCACUUGAGAAUCCUGUCAGAUGUUCAGAUUUUAAGUGUGAGCGCGCUCAAACAAACACAACCCCAGUCUCUGGUUGGGCACUACAUAGCACACAUUAUCUUCAAACCGCAAACUUCUCAGUGUUUUCAGGAAAUGAGCAGGACUCACAGAUCGGCUGCAUCGCUUUGCAGGAGCUGCCGUAUUUUCAUCUGAACCUUUUCUCACCCUCCACACUAACAACACUGACUCAGUCCUUCCCCGGUCGCAGAUUUGUAGAACUACAAACGGGCUCGUUCUCUCCAAAGCUAACUGUAAGCUUAAUCAUGAAAUUGCAGAAUUGAUUUUAUUAUUCCUUGUUGCUUCUUCUUGUGGAUUUUCUUAAUGAACAAGCGGGCGAGGCCUGCUGGACUCUGAUGUGUGCACUAACUCAGGGGGACUCAUCUGAACCUAAACAGCAUUAUUAGCCUACAUGAUGAGCAGCAGCUCCUGGAUCCCUGGUGAAAGAAACUACAGCUGUCUGAGCAACAGACCAGCCAAACCACGUAGCUCUGCUGGUGUCUCUCACCUCAUUUCCUCCAAAAUGCCUCUUGUCUGAGACGUUGUUCGUCUUGUGAGAUGUCCUCUGGGUUAUUGUCUGUUUCCCUCCUACCAUCUCUUGUUCUUUUUAUUUUUCUCUCCUCUGCGUUUCUCCACCUGGUCUUCACGGGCCACUGAAACCACUACUACUGCAUAGAAGGAACAGUGAUUCUGCCACUCAGCGUAUCCCUUGAUUAAAACCAUAUCUCGGACAUUUUGAAAACACCACCUUAAUGAACUGUUUGCCCUCCAUCCCCCUCCCCCCAAAAAUCGGUGUCUGUUUACCAAAAAUGUGACAUGACACGUCUCGAAUGGCAGGAGACGCAUGAAAUACCUCGUUUUGGACACGACUGGCCAGUGUGUCAUACGUGUAGAGAGAGACUGCUGUGGAUCGAACGGACGCAUUCGACUAGUGAUUUUUCCUUUUUGAGUGAAUCUGUGGCGUCGAUUAAAACCUCUAAACAAGGGCUCACGGUGAUGUUGCCUCACGGUGACGUCUAGUUCAGAGAAGAGGAAGAAAAACCAAGCACACUGUUGGAUUAUGCAUGCAUGCCCACCCCCCACCCCGACCCCUUUUGUGUAUAGUCUAUUCCAAUUCUUUAAAGGUUGACCUCCUGAUAUGAAUAUGUGACUAUGGUAGCUUUCAGUGGAUCUGACCGAGCAGUUGUACAGUAGGAAUAUAGGAACGGCUGUGUUAACGGACUGAAAGACAACUGAUCCGGAUUUCCCUGUCUUGGUGAAAUGAUUUAACGGAUGAGGGUUCUCGUCCUGCUACUCUUUGUACAGCUUAAACCUGUGGAAAACGGUAUGUGUUUAUGGAACCAAGGCCAGUGUAGUCGGGUUUUUCAACCCCAUUCGAGAUGUGUGAAUAUUGGGAGCAGUCACCAAGUCACUUUUUUUUAAGUCUCUUGAGCCUGUUUGUUUUUCCUCUGUUGUAAAUGAUGACACCAACCUCUCCCCUUCUUUUUAUUUUUAUUUUUUGAACAUAGACAUAACUUGAGAACUUAAGCUGAUUGUGGUGUGUGCUGUGCAUCUCGAGUCUUUUCUUCCUUCAAAAGGAGAGAUCACUGCAGUAAUGGCAGUGUCUACUCAUCUCAUCUGUCUGCAAUUUGUGUCCAUCUCAUUUUUAUGUAGUAGAACAGUUAAUAUAUACAUUUUAUGAAAAUUAUUUUUCUUUUCAAUUAUGCACCACUGUUCAAAGAUUUUAUAUCCUAACUUUACAAAAUUUACAACCUUUGUAAUAUUCAAUGGUUUCUUUUAAAAAGACAUUUUAUGUAAUGUUAUUUUUAGUAUUCUGUAAUUAAAAUUAUGAAAAUUUGAA